AUGCCCCGCUUCCAAGCCGGUCUCCAUUCGCCGCACCUCUGUGGUCCCUACGCAGCGGUGCCGAAGGGUUGCGAACGGCAGGACCUGCAGGAUGCCAAGGAAGAGACCAAGCCAACGGGCUUGCAGGUCUACUGCGAUUUGGAUGGCGUCUUGGCGGAUUUCAACAAGGGCUGCCUGGAGCUGUUCCCAGAAGGUGGACCCAUUGCUGAGAAGAUCCCGACUCAUCUGGUCACUCGCCUCAGCUACGACGAAGAGACGGAGAUGUGGCGCCGUGUCGAGGCGAAAUCCGACUUCUUCCUCUCGUUGGAUUGGACCAGCGAUGGUGAAGAACUUUGGAGAUGGAUCGAUUGGAACUUGGUGCCUUCACCCGCCAUUUUAACUGGUUUGCCGAUGGGUCGGGCAGGGCAGAUGGCUUCGAAACAGAAGGAGCAAUGGUGUCAUGACCGGCUUGGAUCCCAUGUGGCAGUGUUUUGCUGUGGCACUCGCAACAAGCAGAAGUUCAGCGGUCCCAACUGUGUGUUGAUCGACGAUCGCGGGGACCUGCGCGAGGCUUGGGAGGCGCGCGGAGGAAUCUUCAUCCAUCACACCUCGGCGCUGGAGAGCAUUCGACAGCUACGCGAAGUCUUGAAAGUUUCGCAUGGCAAAGUUCAAGAUGAACAAGUUCCCCUGCAACUGACCAGUGUUUGUUGGGCUGCUCAGACCCCUGCGGGGUGUUUCAAGUCCAAAUGUCGCUAUCUCCAUGUGCCCAUCUCGCGUCGUCAUCGAUGUUGGAUUCAACUCUGGGGGUUCGUCUGGUGGCACCAACGGAUGUUUGAUGAUCUCAACAGCUUGAUUCAAUGUAUUCAUGCAGUUUAUUCGCCGGACCACAAAGCCGCCUUCAAGGGAAAAGAUGACCAGAUGGAUGAGCAAUCGCAUGGUGCGUUCAGAAAAAUGCUGGAAACGCUCUGCGAAUGUUGUGACUUGGGUUUGCCACUGGCUGACAUCAUAGAGAGCGCGAAGAAUGGCACCGUUGCGCCGGCACCGUCUCCUCUGCCGCCGCUCCCAUGGCAAGUGAAGGAAGUGCAUUCCAAGAUACUCAAAGUAGCUCAGUCAUUAGAGAUAUUGGGUGAUCUACAUCUGGUGGUGGCUGGGAGUAUGGGUCUAGGUGCUGAUGUUGGCGGGUCUGAUCUGGACCUUGUUUUGUGUUGCGAAAUUGAGGUGGACCCCAGGAUGGCUUUGCCUGCAUUGCGAGAUGCUUUGCAGGAGGCAGGUGAGGCGAGCGAUUUGCUGUUGCUGGACCAGGUCUUGGUUCCAUUGCUCAGUUUUCGCCUUGGAGGACUAUCUGUGGACAUUACGAUGAAUCAGAUGUCCUCCAUUCGAGACAUUAUCCUAUUCCGCUAUGCCUUGCGCACGGCUGGUCCCGAAUUGUCCGCCACCCUUCGCUUGUUGAAGAUGUGGAUCAAAGCUCGCAGAAUCCCAGGGAACAAGCAAGGCGGCUUCCCCAACGUGGUCUGGCUCCGGAUGGCCGUACGCUUCUACCAGGCUGGGGAACAAGACCUUGGCGAAAGUGAUGGUUCCUUUCACUGGGCUUAUCCAAGAAAUGGAGGAUUUACAUGGAUUAUAUAUGGAUAA